AGCUAUAUUAUUGCCUGUGUACGAGUAACCUGUUCACAACCAUCCUUCAAGUGUGCAUCUGGCUGAGUGAAAGUGGGAAAUUGGGUAGGCGAUUAUGCCAGACCUAAUUAACACCUUUCAUUUGCAAGUGACUGUCUGCAGAUGAGGCGAGGGCAAAACAUAAAAUGUAAUAAAAAGAUGAAAUGCAAAUCAAUUUCAAAAAAGAAUGUAAAAAUAAUUGAUAAAGAAUGUCAAAGAUUAUUCUUUUUACAAAUAUUUUAAGGGAAAUGGGCUUGUAGUCAACGGUUUGUACAUCAGGACGUUCGGGAUGCCCUCGGUUACAAAGUUCAGUUCCAGCGACCAUUGGAAAUAUUGAAAGGGCAUAACUGAAUUAAAGCCUCGGGAAAUGAAAGUUGCCAUUUGGAUUGAGAUCAGGAGACAUUUCAUCACCCGCGGAGUUCUUGCGCCACAGAAACCAAUGGGAGACCAAGUCAUUUAACAUCUUCAACGCGAUGGAAAUAGUCCUCAGUGCAAGACUCAUCAAGGCAAUUAGGAAGAAAGUAUGGGUUCGGAAGUAAUGCAAGAUCACAAUGCGACAGGGCCAAGUUUCUCACUCUUGACCAUUUCCAUGUAUUCCAUGAAGACCCCGAGGCAGGAGCUCGAUUAAAGCUUUGGUCAAUUCAUUCUAUUUGUUGCCUGUUUUUUAAAGUAGUUUUUCGUUUUAACUGACAAAUUCCUCUUUGGUUUACGCAUGGACAUAACUUGUAAACACAAAAAGCUUUACUUGAAGAGAAACUCGUAUCAAAGCUCGCCUCAGGGCAGGACGGCGAGCUCCCCUGAGUUCCCAGCGCUUUGGGCGCGGCGGCUGGCGGGGGCGCGCGGGAGCAGCAACAGCGGCGCGCUUCAGUUGCACUCGCUGCCCGGGGCUGGUGGCUCCUCCGGGGCCGUGUCUCUGCUCGCAGGACGGGUGUCUGUUGGCCGGGGGCUCGUUCCAAGUGUGGCCGCUGUCGUUGCCCGCGGGCAUGGCUUCCCGGUUCGACUACAUCGCUCCUUGGUGGACUUACUGGUUGCACAACUUCCCGCACGUUAACCUCCGCUUCCAGCCCGUGGACAACACCUUCAGCCCGCAGGAUGUAAACUAUCAGCAGGCAUUGAUCUUUUUGGCAAUAAUAGCUGCUGUCUGCUUGGGCCUCAAUUUGAUUUUCAUUCUGAUUUACUUGUUAUGCAUCUGCUGCUGCAAGCCAGCUGACGACGAAGAAACCAAGAAGCUACAUUCCUGCUGUGUCACAUGGACAGCUGUGGCUGCUGGUCUUACCUGCUGUGCUGCCAUUGGGAUUGGCUUCUACGGAAACAGUGAAACCAAUGAUGGUGUCUACCAGCUGACCACCUCCAUCUACAAUGCAAACCAUACACUUGCUGGAAUAGAUGGCUUGGUAUCUGAGACGACGAAGAAUAUGAAAGUUGAUAUGAAACAAUAUAUAGCAAGACUUGAUGAGAUCUUCACACAAAAAAUGGAGUUUAUUUAUUCACUGACCAUCUUGCAGCAUUUGGCAGAUGCAAUUGUCUUACAGCUCUCUGGCCUCCCAACGUGGAAUGAUAUCAAUUUGAAUGUGGCAGAAACAGCCGAUGAAAUUGGCUACAUUGAAUAUUACAGGUGGCUGUCAUAUCUUCUGCUCCUAAUUGUUUACUUGGUUAUUUGCCUGGCAGCUUUCCUUGGCUUGGCCAAACGAUCCAGGUGGCUUCUCACAUUAAUGAUUGUCCUUGGUAUCCUGACUGUAAUUGUCAGCUGGGGGUCGCUGGGACUAGAUACUGCUGCUGCUGUGGGAACAAGUGAUUUCUGCGUGGCUCCAGAUAAGUUCAUCAUGAAUAUGACCCAGAAUAAAAUUAGCUCAGAUAUUGUGCAUUAUUAUCUGUAUUGUGGCCACAGCACUCGUAUCCCAUUCCAACAGACUCUGUUGAGUUUCCAGCGCUCUCUAACAAACAUGCAACUGCAAAUCCAAGGAUUGAUGCAUAUUGCUAUACCACUGUUUCCUAUGGCAAAGGACAUUAUUGGCAUCCAGCAGUUACUAAAUAAAUCGGAAUCCAAUCUGCAUCAACUCACAGCAAUGCUUGACUGUCGCGGACUGCACAAGGACUAUCUGGAUGCCGUGAAUGGUGUAUGCUAUGAUGGUGUCGAGGGGUUACUCUAUCUCUUACUGUUUUCGCUCCUUGCUGCAGCUGGAUUCUCUGCUUUGAUCUGUGCCCUGUCUCGUGGCUGUAAUUACAUUGCAAUCAGAGAUCGAGAUUACGAUGACAUGGAUGAAGAUGACCCUUUUAACCCGCAAGCUGGUCGCAUAGCAGCCCAUAACCCAAGCCGAAGUCAGAUACACAGUUUCUGUAGUUUCAAUAGUAGUAUGGGGAGUCAGACUAGCCUUCAGCCACCUGCAAACACAACCGCCACUCAACCGGCCACUGCUGCACCUGCACCCGUGUAUAUGAAUAACACAGUGUUAUUUGGUGGAAAUCCUCGAUUUGAAAAUGUUCCACUGAUUGGAAGAAAUUCGCCCCCACCUUCGUACACCCCCAGUAUGAGAGCAACCUACCUUGCAGUGGGCGAAGAACCUUCCAGAAUUUACUGAAAUGUAUUUCCUGUUUAACAUUUCUGCUGAUCUUCAUAGCAGUGUUCUUACAAUAGCCUAAAGUUUUACUUUACUUAACAAAAAGGGUGCUCUGGCCAAAACUUUCUGAUAGAAUGAAGUUUGAUGGGAGCAGUAAAGAACUGUUGAAUAUUGAUGCUGGCAAUUUAUUAACAUUUUUCUGAAGUGGUGUUGAAAAUUACUGUUACUCUGAAUAUUUGUAAUUACCUCUGAAAAUCCUGCAUGAUUUUUUUACAUACUAUUAUUGGAGCUGGGUGCACAGCAAAUAUGUGCUUGGAAGAUGAAUUUGAAUGGAGUUUCAUUUAGCAUCUGGUAUAAGGAGUAACUUGUACACAGAUGCUAUUCUUAAAAAGUCAGUUUGAACUGAAUAUCUAAGGUGUCUACAUCAAAGUUUGAUGCAUUUAAUUCUAGGGCUUCAAUCAUGUGACUGACCUCACAAUACCGUUAAGACUGUGAUUUAUUGUAUUCUUGAUCAGGGUGCACAGUAGAUGAUCAAACAUGGCACUUCCAAGUAAAGAAAAACUAAUUUAAGCUAAUCAUGGCAUAGACAAUGGCAAGGAGUCUCACAUCUUUUGAGUCAAAGGAGGUGAGAUUGGCAAAUGAGUCUUGAAGCAAGAGGAAUAAGAAAUAUGGAACUUUAAAAAAACAAGUAGAAGCUCUCGACACAAGAUGCCUUUUAGGGCUGACUCUGCCACAAAAUUUCUUCAAUGAAUUUAGUUAAUGCUAUUUUAUUAGAAAUAGUACUACCAAAUUUCCAUACAUAGUCAAUUCUUAACACUGGCACUAUUUGUAAUGUGUAUUUUUUGAGUAUAUAAUCAUAUUGUGAAUUUGCUGAGACAGCAACAGAAAGCUUUCUUUCUAAUAAAGGAGCUUUGGAUUCCAGAUUGAAAAUUCAUAAGAAUAUUUGUACUAGUUUCUUUCUUUAAAACAAUUUGACAAUGUCUCAACAAAUUGUAUUUGCCAAUAUGCUUAUUGUGGAAUAGUAACUGGCUUUAGAUCUCUUUCAAGUUUGAUCUCUAUUCUAGAGAUGGAGAUGAUUUCCUUUACUGUUAACCUGGAUUUUUCAGCAGAGGUAACAGUGAUGCUAGAUGCAUUCACAGUCAUUAUACAAUGAAAACAUAACAGUGCAGAAAUUUCAAUGUAGAUGUAAUUGAUUCAAGACCACAUCAUAAGUUUAAAGCUAAAGUGGCUGUCACUGGAAUAAACAGGAGCUUCACAAAGGCGCAUUAACUUGGGAUAACAAGUUCUGAUGAAGGGUCUCGGCUGCCUGACCUGCUGAGUUCCUCCAGCGUUUUUGCAUGUACUACGAUGAACUUGAACUGAUGCCUUCUACUUGCAAAGUUCACAUGACUUCAGAUUUUACAACCCAGAACGUCCCGUGUUCCAAUCCUGCAUAAUCAAUGAAGAUUAUUGAUGUAGAUUUUUAUGGAAAGAAGUCUCAGACAACAACAGAGGUUCAGGUUAACAGAUUUUUAAAUGCUUACAAAUUGUAAUGGCUCAUUAUUCAGUUCCUAAAUGGGUUAUUAGUUUUAAAUCAUUUUUAUGAUUUUAUAUACACACACCAGAUUUAUAUUGUUCAGAUUUAAUGAAUUGCACAUUUUAUUUUAGGUUCACAUGCGGUGUAUGUUAUUUUCUUGAUUUUGUUUUUUGUUCACCUUCCAAUUGGUAUACUGGAACUACUUAAAGAAGGAGUCUGUGAAAGAUUAAAGUGCCCCCUUGUUUUGUGAUCCGGACUUGUAUGUUUUGUAGACUUUCUAAACCUGGCACAGAGAACUGUGAAAAGAUUUUUGGAAUUAUGCAUGUAGAACUGACCAAGAGGUAUUUCACCCAUCCAAGAGGGUGUCAGCAGUGGCUUGAUGGCACAAGAGAAAUUAUAUGAAUGCCAGUAAUGAUUAAGUUGGCAACCACUAUGAUAUGUAAAGUAGGACUUCUAGUCAUGAUGCAAGUCCUGCACUGCCUUGAUGCGAAACUAACCAUGAAAUAGAGGUUUGAUUAAUGUGGGACCAUUUCAGUCAAGCGGCCUCACCACAUCAUCAAAUGGGACUGGAAGAUAGCAGUCAGCAGCUCGUGGACAUUCCUAAUAGAUUCUUAGUUAAUAAAUUUUUACACAUCUCCAGCGGAGCCAAUUGAGAUCCAUCAUAUUUAAUUCACCGAUUCCCUAAAAUUCUUGGGAGUAAUCUGUGGAACCCCAUUGAAAGCAAUUAAACAUAAGCCUGGCACAUUAUCACACCAGGAGGCAGUUUCUUUGAUUAAAUAUGGUGAUCUGUUCCAACACAUUUCCAAGCUUCAGUGCAGAUUAGUGAAAAAAUACUCACAAUGCUUAGGUUUUAUAUGACACUCCAAAUUGGAUGCAGCUUCCAUCAGGAUGAAUGUUGGGGGACAAACAUUACUCACAGAUGUGGUGACCAGCAGGACCAAAAGGGAAGAUACAAUCGUGAGAUGUAAACCGAACAAAUGAUGAAGGAUUGCGAAGUUGACGUCAUGGUUCCAAGUGAGACGGUGCAGUCUUUAUCUGUAAAUGUGCCAAAUAUUGUGCCAGUAUGUUGCACUUGUUGCCGUCUUCUCUUUCAGGCAGGACUGACCCUUGUUGACUGGCAAAGGUGGAUGAAUCUAACCUGAUAGGCUGUGGUCUGUGGACAGACUGAGGAAGGAAAGGUUGUUAUGGGCAAUGCUGCUGGAUAACAGCAAGUAGCACCUAUAUUUGAAAAGUGGGUGGCAAGAUGCUUCCUUCCUUUUAUCUCCACUUCUCCCAGCCACUAUCCUUUUCUUCCCGAUCUCCAGCUUCUCUCUAUCCUCCAUCUCCACUUUCCCAUGGCAGUGAAAUUUGAAUUAGAAAACAUUCAUUGCAAGAAUUGAUACCCUGAUUGCAAAAUUUUAAAUGAAAAUUUAAUUAAUUACCUUUUCACUAAUUUGUAAAAUAUUUGUAAUUUUAAAAUAGCAUUGUACCGAGUAAAAAAACAACAAAAAGUUAAUAGUAAUCAUGUUUCAAAAUAAUAAUUUGUGCAGAAUUUUAACAAAAACGUCCAUCAGAAAAAUUAGUCUUUCUUCGCCAUCUGCAUGUCCAUCACUGCUGCAGUUAAGUAAUAGUCAAUUCAAGGGCGAAGUGAGAAGUAUAACAUUACAUCCUAUGAUCUUGACAUGAAUGGAUAGCUUGUGUGAUCAUCAGCUGGAAACUCCCAAAUGCUCAAAGGUGCCUGUCAGAGGCAUGGCAGCUGUGCCAUACAUCUUUCAAACAUGCUGGUGGCCAAGGCAACACCUGCCCCUCUCUUUUAUUCAGCGGCUCACUGGGCACUGAGCUUCAUCAGCUGAAUGGUAUUUUAUACUUGAUUAAUAAUCUUUGUGAGCACAGGUGGCUCUCUGACAUUUCUGACGGAAAUGACCAUCUUGCUCCACAGGAGCAUGACAAAUGUAGAGUACCUUUAAGUUCGUCCUUUAUCAUUGAGGCGAGAUGUGCUGUUUGGAUGUUCUGACUAAAUUUUAUACUUUAAAUCUAUGCAAGAACAGUGAAAGAUUAUUAGAACUCCUGAGGUCCGUUGCAGCUGAAUUGUACAAGAAAUUGAUUUUUUUUUUGCAGGUUAUUGCAUCAGUAAUAUUUAACGCAUUAUAACUUGUAAAUUUCACAUAAUUGUAAAACCCAAGCAGCCUCAAUUCUCAUUUCUGCAGUCAAUCAAUUCUCUCAUUGCUAGUCCAUGCUCCUUGACAGAGUGGAGUUGGUAUUGAAUCUGCCACCACUUUGCCUGCCAACUUAAAGAUCACAUUAUGCCCAGUACUUCAUAUUCUCCUAAAGUCACUGGCUCUUUGGGUUCACCUCAUUAAAUAAUAUUCAAAGUGCUUAUCAACCUCAGCCUUGGAAUGUAUUCAAUGAAAGAUUUUGAAAGAUUGACAAUCUUCUGAUAGGGAAACUUCAAAUCUCAGUUUAAGUGAUUGAGGGAAUAUUACGCAUGGUUUUACACUCUCUACUUAGAUAAAGCAGUUUUUCAACAUCCACCCAGAUAAUCUCUCUCUGAAUUAUGUAUGUUGUGAAAAGCAUUGUUGACUGCCUAGUAGAAGAAAGAGCUGUUUGCGCUCAAAUGCAUAGGCAAAUGCAUCUUUCCUUGGACAAAGGAACAAAACAACAUAUGACAACCAGGAGACAUCUCAAUCUGCGAAACUUUUUCUUCCAUACUCUAACCCAUUUGCAAUAAAGGUCAGCAAACUGUUUGCUUCGCUAAUCACUUACUGUAUCUGGGAUCUAUCUGUCGAUCCUUUUUUGUUUGCUCCAAGUGCUUGCAUUGGAGAACAUUGGAAGGUAUGCCACAGAGCAUAUAGGUUUUUAUCCUCAAUCUUUUCGCAUGGAGGACUGCACAAAUUAAGAGAGCAGUUUUUUCGAGGCCACCAAUGCCUGCUUAUUGGCUUCUGAUGACUGCAAAUUUCACAGACUUCACAACACACAGUACUUUUCAAAAGUUUUAAAUGUAUAUAUUGCUUAAGACUUUUGCACUGUUCUGUAGUAAUUUUAUAUAUUGCACUGUACUACUGCUGUAAAAAAAAGCAAAUUUCAUGACAUGAGUGAUGAUAAACCUGAUUCUAAUAUCCAACUGUAUUGUGGACUGAGAGUGUGAAGGGGGCAGGGAGAGGGGAAUCCAUGGUUGGGAAAAGGGGAAGAGCGAGAGGAGGGAGCAGGAAGCAUAAGAGAAACAUUCUAUAAUGAUCAAUAACGCAAUUGUUUGAAAUCAAAUGACCUUGCCUGGUGUCUCGGGGCUGGAAGUGUCAGCCCCAUGCCACCCCUGACCCUGGCACUCCUUUGCUACUUGUCCCACAUGUCUCCCCUGGCCUCCACUCUCACCAUUCCCAACGUCCUUUGAUCCUGACAGAUUUACAAACUCACUCUCUGCUCCACGUUGACAAAUACAGUACUGUGCAAAAAUCUUAGGCACCUUAGCUAUACGUAUACGGUUAAGACUUUUGCACAGUCAGUGAUAUUAAAUCUGAUUCUGAUUCAACUCUGGGCCGUUAUCUUCACUCAUCAAAAAAAAAGUGGUCUGCUGAAUUGUGUCAUGCUCGGUGUAGACAUUUUCUUAAGCUAUCGUAUUGCAUGUAUUGGCUUCAAUUAAAGGAGCUGCAGAUGGAAAUGCUUUAUAUACUUGACCAAAUGAUAUGGGAUGUAAUUUGUUUACUUGAAAUUCACCUUCAUUAAAUCCUUAUCAACAUUGCUAAGGCAUAUUCUUGUAUGCAGUUGUGUGUCUGAUAAACAUGACUCUUGCACAUGUGUUCCAGAGCAAAUGUUAUGUAAUCACACUUGUAAUUCAAACUGCUUUGAGUUGAGCCAACUAAGAAAUAACAAUUGUCGAACUAAAUGUUAUAAACCUUAUUUUGAUUGAAUGAAGUCAGCAAUAUCUUGCGGCCCACUUUAAUUGUUAUAUUAUUUUAUAUUCCUCAAUAAUUAGUGAAUUUAAGAUGAUCUUGUUGGAAGUAAGUCAUUCUUUAAGCAGCAGUUCAUUUCAUUAUUUGUGUCAGAAAUAAAUAAAACCUUGUCUGAUAAUCAUUGACUCUUCACAAAAGGAACUCUUAAAUGAAAUGAAGAGUAAAAUAUGGUAAGGUUAGUCAAAAGAAGACUUCCCGACAAACUCAAAAUACAGUCAAGGUUAUCUGUAUUGGUAGUGUUGUUAAGCCCCAUCAUCCUUCUGGGGCAUAGGCUGCUGAUAGUAGCUCGCCAGAGUCCUCUGUCUGUCAAGUUGCCUCUGGGUAUAGCCCAUCUUUCUGGAGUAUCCUUCCUCUCCCACAAUGAGGUCGCUGAAACUUCUGUUGACGAUUCUAUAGCUCUGGGUUUUUAGCCUCAUGCCCAACCCUCCUUUUGCAACCGGGCUUGGGACUGUUUAUGGUAGAGUUUGUAUUGUUAGUACUGGGCUAUAAAAUAUAUAUUUGCCACAUCUGAUUGAAGCUAUCAAUUGUAUGUGUUUUUUUUGGUUUGUUACAUAUUUUAAUGUUAGAAACAAUUAAUUCUGAUGUAUGAAAUUUGGUAUUGUGUCAAAUACAUUACUGCAGUGCAAGAACAUGUCUGGUUGAAUGUUUUUGUGUAAUUGUAUCAGUGAAUUAAAAAUAGUGGGAGACUGACUAAAAUGAAGAACGAGGCUAACAGUAAUUUGGAUAUAUAAAAUAGCUAAUAGAUAUCAUAUCAGUCCUUUUCUUGCACUGAAUAUUGUAUAAGAUCACAAUCUAAAUCUGAUUUAAUUCAUUGUCUUUUGUCUUUUUAUUCUGCCUUUAAGCACAAUUGCUCAAACAUGUUUCUUCGUCUGCUCCCUUUUGGUUUUGCCUUUGUAUUCCGUAAUACUGAAAUACAGUGCCGUUUUUAGCAUGAUCUACUAAGCACAAAUUAAUGGAUAUUUUGGAUGUAAUCAAGGAAUUUUGUACUGUGCAUUUGGAAUAGACAAAACACGUAACUCUUCAGAACCACUGUUUAACUGAAAAAUUAUCAUGCAAGUGCAGUGUGAUUUUUCUCAACAUGUAAAGUCUUAUCACUUGCUGUGUGUACAAAAUGCAAGAAAACCAUUUUAAGUUUUGUAUUCUGAAAUAAGAAACAGAAAAUAAUGAAAAAAUAACGCAUGUGAAGGUAGGAUGCUGAGCAUUUCCCGCUGAUUUUUGAUUUUGUGUCAGAUUUCCAGCAUUUGCAGUUUUUUUUUGCUUCAGUUGAUUUUUGUACAGUCUGUAUGAUACAUGUUGAUACAUUUCAUAAACUGUUUCAGUAAGAAACUAAUUUUUGCAGACUAACACUGAGGCAUUAUUUCUACCAUAUGGAUAGAAAAAGCAUUUUUGUUAUGAUAUAACACAUUAAUUCUGCCAUUUCCAAUGAAAUUGAAGAUAAAAGUGCAAAACACAGACAAUCUCACUGUCAAAUAAACUGCUUGAAUGCGUUAAAAUAAUCCCAAAACAAAAUUGUUCAACUUGUCAGAUUUUAUUAAUAUUCAUUUGACAUGACUAUUGUGAAUUAAAUCUGGCUCAGGGAUCAGUUUGCUUAUCAUUGUGAACUAUUAAGUAUUACAUAUUAAAAUAAGAUAUAUCCAUUCUGUUCUGCUUUUGGAUAGAAGCAAGUUGAGUUUCAAUGACUAUUGUCACUGAGCAAUAUUUAACUAUGAUGUGAGACUCUUAUUUACACUGUAAUAAAUUUUAUUUCAGGUAUUUUUUUAAAUGGUAAUUUUUUUGUAAAUGUAUUUAACUGGCUCAACAUUGUUCUUAGUGUAUUGUAUUUGGGUAUUUUCAUUUCCCUGCAAAAUACCACUGUUUCUGAAUGAACACAA